GUCAGCUGUAAGUCAGUAAGCCAUAACCUAAAUUUUAUUUUUAUUUACCCUUGUUUUAAUAUAAAAGUUUAUUUAACCAAAUAAUGAAUUAAAAUAAAACAUUUAUUCAAAUUUUUAUUCGUAAACGAUGAGUUUAACGAGUACUGAAAGCAGUUGCGGUUGUGGCGAUACUCAUAAUGAAAUAAUAAAAUAUUUAACCGAAAUUGUAGACCAAACUUAUUCAUUCCGAGAUAGAUACUUUGAGAGUCACAGCAUUGAGGAAGCCAUCAACAAGAACAAAGAUGUAGAAUCUCUUGUCAAUAAGAACAUUGAAUUAUUUAAUAAGCAUGAAAAAUUAGCCCUAGAAAGUAGUAAGGCACAAUAUAAUUUCCUAAAAGGAAAAUUGCUCAACAUUUAUCCGAGUUACAAUAAAGAAGCCGAAAACUUCUUGUCCAAAGCGAUUAAAUUGGAUCCAAAAUUAGUGGAAGCCUGGAAUGAGUUAGGAGAGUGUUAUUGUAAAAAUGAUGAUCUUGUCAAGGCCAAAAGUUGCUUUGAAGGGGCUCUGAAAGAGAAAAAGAACAAGAUAUCUUUAAGAAACCUCUCAAUAUUAAUAAGACAAGAGGCUUGUAAUAACCGUGAGGCAAGUCUUAAAACUGUAGAGCUCGGCCUAAGUUAUGCUAAAGAAGCAGUUCAGUUGGACCCACAAGAUGGCUUAUCCUGGGCAAUUUUAGGAAAUGCACAUUUUUCAUAUUUUUUUAGUGUGCAGCAAAACCCCAACACCCUAAAGCAGUGCUUAGGUGCUUAUGCCCAGGCUGAAAAAGAUAUUGUUGCUAAAACAACUUCUGAUUUACAUUAUAAUAAAGGAAUUACUUUUAAAUACCAAGAAGAAUAUAAGUUGGCAUUAGAUUCUUUUUAUGAAGCAUCACUCUAUGAUCCUACCUGGACAUUGCCCCGAAUAAAAGAGAGACAACUGGUUAAAUAUCUACAAGAAAUUAAAGAUUUGGUUACCAACAAAGGUAAAUUGAAACCUAAAAAAUUACAACAAAUUUUGCAGUCAAUAGAUGUAAAACAUUUGGGUCCUUAUGGUGGUGGCUCUUACACUUCAUCCACUGGAGCAACAAUUAAACUCACUGGCAUAACUUAUGACAGCUUAAAGCCCGGUUUAAAUGAGAACAAAGUAAUUUUGGGAAAAGUAAUUUGCUCUGUUAGAAAUGAAGAUAAUGUGCCAUUUACGUUUUGUUCAAUAGACAAAGCAGGAGCUGUGAUUGUUACUACUGUAUUUAAUUUAGCUGAUGGAAAAGGGGUUAUUAUAGGAGAUUCCGUGGCUAUACCAGAGCCCUAUGUUACUGAUGUAGAAUUUAGUUAUAAAGAGGAUAUUUUUAAAUUUAGACUCGUAAGAGUAGAAACUCCUGUGAUAAUGGUAGUCAAUUCUAAAAAAUUAGGCAGAAAUCUUCAAGCUGGGGUCCAAAUGUCUAUAUCGAGCAAAUUCGACUGACACCUGCCCUCAUUGAUUAUGUAUCAUCCUGUUUUAUAUUAACUUUUAGAAGUUUGAAAUAAUGCUUUAAUAACUCUUUAUUUAAUAUUUUUUACCAUUGUCUAAUUUAUUUUUUAGUAUUGUUUUUUGUUAUUAUGUAAUCUUUGUAAUUUUUUUAAUAGAACUUAUAUAUUUAAAA